GAAAACUUCAGUCUAUCCGAUACCGUUGUUGAGUGCACACGUGUGUCACGCCCUCUAGGACUGAUUUACCGAACUUGUGUACGAACUGCGUGUGUUGAUUCAUAGUGAUUGUUUAUUAGGUUAUUCCAAUGUGAUAAGCAAUAAAUAUGGAUUUCAAGUACCUAAUCCUGAUGAUUGCCUUCGCGACCGUCGAGAUAAACUUGACGGAGAGCCGUCAAAAUGAUAAACGGCGAUGGAAAUCAGAAAAAUCCCCAUACUCACAUUACGUUAACAUUUGCGACAUUCAGGACCGGGUGUCCAAAGUACAUUGUUACUGUGAGAGUAAUAAAAUAAAAACUGCAACGAAAGCCGACUGCUGGGUUUUUAAUGGAGGCAUAGCGGAAGAUGACCCUUUCUGGUCUAACUUUUACUCCCAACCGAAAAUAGAAAGGCUCACAUUCAACGUAAGGGCUGAUGGUGGACUGACGUACAUUCCAGCGAAAGUAAUCGUAAGACUCGAUCGAUUGAACUAUUUGAAUAUACAAUACGCAAAUAUCAAUACAAUACCGUCUUUCGCGUUUACAAACUCGACAACUUUAAGAGAAAUAACGCUUCCGAAGAACAAAAUUGUUAAACUGGAAAAGAUGGCGUUCGCCCACCUCAUUCUGCUCGCUAAUGUAAGUCUGAUAGAGAAUCAGAUAUCUGAAUUGCAAAGGGACGUUUUCUACGUCCUCCCGAAUUUGCAGAGACUAUAUCUGUCAAAGAACACGAUAAGCGUACUCCACGACGGUUGUUUCAAGCAUUUAUACAAUUUGAUAAAAUUGGAUCUGAACAGUAAUUUGCUCACGGUUGUCGUCAGAGAGAACUUUCAGGGACUAUCCAAUCUCAUUACACUGGACAUGAGGAACAACAAAUUGAUGAUGAUAGGAGAUUUGGCGUUUGCGGAACUUUGGAAUCUCCAGGAACUUUACUUGGAUGGCAACGAAAUAGAAUUUAUUUCCGAACGGGGUUUCGGUGGAUUGACUCAACUCAAGAAACUUUCCUUAGCCGAUAAUAAGUUAGCGAUGUUAGACGACGGGGUGUUCGAUGAAAUACAAAAGUUGAAUGUUCUCGAUUUAAGGAAUAACAACUUGGAAACAUUGAAACAGGAAACUCUUCGGAACGUUGUGGAAAACAUGAAAACUAAUUACGCGCUGGUCUCUUUGGAUGGUAACAAGCUCACAUGUGACUGUCGUCUGUCGUGGCUGCACAAACUACGUAACGAGACCCGGAGCAAACGCGUAAGAGCCUCUCUAGACCGCCUCAACUGCAUCAUGGAUCUCAAACUAAAAGCUAACUUGGGAAACAUCAAAACACUAAAAACUGAUCCAAAUUUAAAAGUCAUUCCCGCGAAUAAAAAGGAUAUAGACAAAAUCGACGAAGAAGAAGAACUAGACGACGACGUAAACUACGACGACGCUUUGCAGGAUCAAGAAAAUACUUUGGACGUUUCGAAAAUAGAGUAUCGUAGGAAACUAAUGGAGAUCCCAGUUGACAUGCUUCCCUGCGCUAGCAAACUUAGCUAUGAGGCAUCAUAUUCGCCUCCAACGCAAGACGAAGUCAAAUAUUAUAAAACUUCGGGCGCAAAGUGCUUAGCGUCUACCCUCAUUUUGAUAACAUUAUGUACCCUAACAGAGAUAUUGUAGCGUACAAAGUUUUAAGUGACAGAAAUUCUGUUUGAGAAUCUAUUACAGUUGUACUUUAUUCCGAUGAAUAUAGUAAUAAGGUCUGCCUUGAAUUAGUGGUAACUGAUAGUUAAUUUAUAAGUAGGUAUAUUUUAUAGAACUAUCCUUACUUCUUAAAUUACCCUCGUCUCGAUAUAUUUAUGGUAAUUAGGUGUAUAGUUUUAAUCGUCUAUUAUGAUAAAUAAGUUUGUAAUGUGAUGUUUGCCAGUGGCUCAUUUUUUUUAAUUACACAGUAAGAUUCCAAGUAAAACCUGAUGACACAACCAUUGAAACAUUUAUUUGAAAGAUUUAUUCUCCUUUUCAUACUUAUUUUCCAUUUAGAUUUUUAUAUUACAUUUAGAUUUGUAUGAAUAUCAUAUUUUCACAAACUAUUUCAAUAUUUUCCUCCAACAUCUUUCUUCUAUGAAAUUUAAAUCUUAAAGCAUUCAUAUUUCAAUUUAUUUCAAUUCAAUAUGCCACACAAACCUUGACAGGUACCUACUUGUAUGUAAAAGUGACAGUGUGUUUGUGUGUGUGUGUAAAGUAACAAAUUUGUUAUAAACGGUGACGAAAACACACCAGUGAGAACAGAAUAACUAGAGACUUAAGAAUAAUUUCUUUGCAAAUUAGUACCUCUUUAUUGUCACAAUAAUAGGAUCCAGUAGUAUAUUACCAAGUAUAUUUCGUGUAAAUAAUGUAAGUCUAUUUUAAAUAUGUAAAUCAAGGCGUGUAAGAAACGAGUUUAAAAUUUUAAAAUAACAUUAAACGAAAUAUUUGCAUACAAAAUGUACAACAAUCUCCUGCAAGCACAUUAUAUUAGGAUAAGAUCUGCUUUAAAAUUAUUCUCACGGGAGAACUAAAUGUAUAGCCGGGAAAACGGUAAAUUACAUUGAAAUAAGAAAACGUAUGUGAGGUACGGUCUACGUCACAGGAUGUUGUCUGUUCCUAUCUCUGUCCCUGUAGGAAUGUAAAUAGUUACGACCUUUUCCAUCCAACUGACUCUAGGAUAAGGAUGUAUAGGAUAAGGCCCUUUGGAGACAAGGGAAUACUAGAAAACCUCUUAAUGCAAUCACACAGAUAUACUAAUUUGGAUAAUAAUCUAUACUAAUAUUAUAAAGAGGAAAGAUUUGAUUGUUUGUUUGUUUGUUUGCAUUGAUUGGCUCUGAAACUACUGAACCGAUUUGAAAAAUUCUUUCUGCUAUAAUUUAUCACCGUAUUUAAUUAGAAUGGGAACUGCGGGUGAAAUAUUAUAUAAUUCGUAAAUUGAUCAUUUUUAUUUAAAAAAAAUAGUAAUGUAUUAACAUGACCAUAACAUAACCAUAUUUCUCCAAGCAAGCAAAACAUCUGUGUUAGAAAUAGGUACGAUUAAAGGGUGUGGAUUGAACCUUCUAAGAUUUUAGCUUGUCUUUUAAACCUCGGAGCUAUUAAGGCUUCAUUCACAGGUGGGCUAAACGUCCAGACAAUAUACAACUAUUUUCAUUAUUUCAUUUAUUUUAUUACGUCAUCCUGGGGUUUUACCGGCGUAGUUCCCGUUCCCGUGAGAAUGCGGGGAUAAAAUAAAGCCUUUGACACUCACAAAAAACGUGGCUUUCUUGUGGUAAAAGAAUUUUCUUAAUCGGUUCAAUAGAUCUAGAGAUCACCCCAUACACUUUACCUGUGUAUAAUAAUAAUAAAGAUUAAUUUUCCAAAGAGAUCAUGAAAUUCAGAUGUUCACUUGCUUCCUGCUUCCUUAUUCUACCGAGGCGUUGAACCAGUUUUAUGUCUGUUAUGAAAUUUUCUUGCACAUUUGUUAUUAACGCUCAAAACUUCACGGUUGUAUGAAACCAAUUUAUCGCUACAUUUUACAUAUUUGCGACGAUAUUUUAUAUCUCGAAAGAGUGAGUUCCAAGUUCGUCUCUAUAUAUCCCUGUCUAACAGGAUAUUAUAGAUAGAGAUAGAUUGUGACGAAUUCAAAACUAAAACUGCCUAAUUAUAAAAACACAGUUAAACCAGGCUAAAAUGUAUAUGAAUGUAAAUAGUUGUGAUGAAAUCAGAUGUCAUUUGAUUUACGAUCUCUAUAAUUAUGACGUCACUUCCAUCUUUUUUGAGUGAAACUCAAUCAAAUCAAGGUUUCGGGGUGAAACGUACGUAGAGAGUAUUUUGUCGGACCUGGGUGACGUUGUCGCAUGGGUUCGUCGACUCUUCGCGGAUGAUAGCAAAAUAAAUAAAUCAUUAUAUAAUCACUUCCAUCUGUUUCGCACCCUAUUAUGAAUCUGUAACAGAAGUUUGCCAUUUUAUAUUAAAAUGUAUUUUUUGUAGGUAUUAGGAAAUUACUAUUUUGAAAUGGAAAUAGUUUCGAAACAGUUGGAAAUAGUUACGAUUUGGUCAAAUUAUUAAAAGUAUGCAUGGAUGGUGCCAGUGGGAGGCCUAUUAAAAAAUGAUUUUGAAUAUUUAUAGUCAUGUUAGUACUACCUACUACUAAAUACAUACGGAAGUUAUGUCAAUACCUACAACCGUUAAUAUUACAUCCGAUUGUAUUUCUGCAGAAAAAAAAUAUUAGAAACAUUAAUUUCUGAAAAUACAGCAUAAUACCCUAAUAUAGUAUUCACAAUAUUACCUAUAUUAGAAUUUAUCAAUGGUAAAAACUCCUUUAUCGUUCAUACAUACUAAAGGAAAUUACUUCUUUAGAAGUAAACGAUUUCUCGAUAAUAUAAAAUGAUUACACAUUUCUGACUUUCCAAUACGUUACUUAAGAUUUCACACAAAAUUAAACUCCUUAACAUUUUAUGUUGCCUAAAACUCUCAUGUAAAUAACUUUAGGCGCUUAGAAACUUUAACAUUAAAUCAAAGACUGUGUUAGAGUUUAAGUUUGUUAAUUUUCAUGUUCCGUUUCUAGAAGUUUUCGCUUAUCUGUAGUAAAUACGAGUAUACAGUGAAGUGAUUUGUGUAUACCAAAGAUUAACUUUAAGCAUUGCAUUUACUUUGUUUUAAACGUUUAAAGGUUUGUAAAGAUAGUAAAUAGUAUUCGUAUUCGAGUUUACAUUUUUCACUUAUUUAUAACUAAUGAAAUAGUUUCAUGUAUUUUAAUAAUUAGAGUACAUAAAAAUUUAAUUGAAUUAAAGUGCAAAUACAUAAAGCUACUAUACAGGGUGCUCGGGAGUGUUUACCAUAACAUCAAGGUGUUGUCGAGUCCAAUUAUGCAUGCUAUUGACGAUCAAUUAUUCUCAUGUUUCUGCAGCACCCACGACUAUAACUGAUCGUGUAUUGGUCGCUGCGUGCAUGACGGCUCGACUUAUGAAACGUCUUUGUUGCUGUUUGCGCUGCAGAAACGAGAAAAUAAUUGACCGUCAAUGGUUGACUUUAUACUAAAAAUAAAAACUGUUGUAUGUUUUCAUACAAAGUAAUUCAAUAAUUCCGACUAUCCAUGACUACACACACCUUUAGCAAACCUUGCAUUUUUAAAAUUUGAAAGUUUGGCGUCGUAAUUAUAAGGAUGCCUAUAAGGAACACAUUUUAAGAUUUAUUUAAAAAAGUAAUAAAUAUUAUGUAUUACUCCGAAAAUAUUAAUUUUAGAACAUGUUCUUUGAACAUUUUAAAUUAAUUUUCGGUAAAGAAUAUAAUCCCAGAGUUAUGAGAAAUAAUGCCCAGCACCCUGUAGGUAUAUACUAGGUAAUGCUAGCCGCACACGGUCCGAUAUACCGGCAUGCCUGCAGCGCUACCGGCAUGAUGUCGCGUAAAUGUGCAUGACGGCUCGACUUGACACAAAUAUUGCGACUCAGACACAUAGAGUACAUAAUAGUAGUCUGUGGCGCUUUCUAUGAGUUUGUGUAAUACAUAUAAAUAUUGAUUUUCAAAUUUUCUACCAGUUAAAUUUUAGAUUAGUGGGGUCUGGUAUUCGACUAAAUGAAGAGAAAUGGACAAAAUAUCCGCCAAUUGCGCAGGAGUAGUCCCAGACACAUAAUUUCGUCCCAACGCAAAAAAGAGAUAGCGGUAUUUCCGGUUGCGCUGCUAUUGGUUGACAUUUGUCUAUUUCUCGUCACGAGAAAUGUUCUUGAUCUCGUUGGAGAACAGCUAAGCAUAAUAAGAGCUAGAACGGUUUAAAGGUUUUUAAAAAUACUAGAUCACUUUCGUUUAAUUAAAAAAUCUAAUAAUUGUUCAAGCUUCAACAAGCGGGCUUUAAAUUUACCAAAAGUUUUACUUUAAUAAUAUGAUGUAGUUGAUAUAACUUUUAGUAUGAUAAGAUACACAGUGUUAUGAUAUUGUAAUGUAAAUAUUAAUUAAUUAAUUUUAGUCCCAUAGAUAUUUUAUCAUUCAUGUAUUCUAAUAAAAUGUGGAAUAAUAAAAUUGAUACUUUUGCAAA